CGCCUCAAACUCGACUCAAAUUUGGAGAUGUGAAUUUCCAGAAAAAACAUGCUGUAGAUAACGCGUAACGGUCGCUCAUGUUUGCGCAUCGUGACAUUAAGUUCGUGACGACCACACUUCUUUGAAACUCACUUCUUUAUCUAAGCUAUACUUUUGAGUGUGUUUUAGCUGUAACUAUGGCGUCGAUAUAUAUUUUAUUGAGUAUGUUAGUCAGUGCAGUUGUUAGUGAAAGUUAUAAUUAUAGUGCAAUAGAUGUAGAUAGCUUUAGUGAAUCAAAAGUGCUGUCAAGGAGGAAGCGGUUUUUGGUGUAUCCAGAAGGAAGUUCGUUUCAACUUGUGUUCUGUCUAUCGUUCCCGACGAUCUUUCAAAUCGGUGACAUCUUUCAAUUCGGCUACACGGCGGCGCUGGCUUACGAGUUGCCACAGAAUCCCUACUCGCCCUUCAACCAUAAGGCUGAUCCACUGCAUCGAAGGGUUGACACCAAGAUGAUAUACUUUACUGACGAUACAGGCAAGGUGUUAUGGGGGAAGCAGUACCAUAGGAAACCCAUCGUAAACCCGGCGAUGGCAAAACGCAGCCUCCGCAAAAACGCCGACAGGAAACUGAUGCACGCCUCGCAACACAAACGGGGGUUUUUGAAAAGCAUGGACGGACGCAGCGCAGAGUUUCACCGGACCGCCCGGGCCUCGCUUUAUCCGAAAGUCGAGACCGUGUUGCAGGCCAUCGGGAGCAGUGGGAAAGACUGUGUGCUGAGAACCCUGUGUCAUAUGGGACAAACGCAACACCAUCCCCAAGGGUCGUUCUUAGAAGAAAUCAUGAGAGCUGUAUUUACUAUACCAAAAGGCGAGGAUUCCUUCGACUUGGAAGAAUACGACAAAGCGCACUCAGCAACCGAAUCCUGUGCGGAGCUGUAUCCCGACUGUGAUGACAUUCUGACAUCAGAUCAGAUUCUUUCUUCUACAUUACAAUAGACGAACACCAAUGCCAAUUCUUAGUGUCAAAUACAAACUGUUACUGUUAUUGUAUGAUACGAUCUUGACGCGAAUUGAAGUGUGUUGUAUGCGCCAAUAAGCGCCAGUGUUUAAUUAAGUAAUAUAAAUAAGAAAACAUAUUAAAAUCAGAAAGUCGUUUCCAAUUUUUUUUGGAGAUCUGCGCCACUACCCAUAAUUUAUAAUAUUCGUAACAUCCAUUAAAAAGACAGCUUUACUGUGGAAUGUUGCGUGAUAAUACUGUAAAAAAUUGAAUGUUUUUGUUACCACAGAGAUCAACGCGGAAUCGGCAAAAGAUGAUAAAAUAAAUCGGCCAUUUGGCCAAAAAGGUCUUUCGGCUCGGCUCGGCUGGUCCGACGCCUUCCGCCGCGUUUGAAAUCUUUUUCGCUCUUAUUACGCAGAUAUAACACUUUGUUUUACCGGUUUUUGCCGAUUCUACGACGAUAUUAUGUGAGGGUGGGGGAGACCUUUACUUGCUGACGAACAUACAGGGCUUGCACUUAGUGAGGAUGACGUCAUUUUGCACACAUCAUCAGGUAAAUAAAAUAAGUUUUACGAAAUUAGUUACCAUUAUUAAGUACAUUUGUAUUUCAGUUUUUAAGUACGCUGUAUUUACUUUAGCGGUACAGCUUAUAAUAUAAUCUUUCGAGUGAUGUCUCAAUGAGAUCAAUUUGUAAAGUUCAAAUGACGACAACGUACAACAAAAAGUUUAAUGAUCUAGUUACAAAGUCUACGGUUAUGACGUUAAAUGCUGGACUCUGCCUACUACUAGCACUUUUUUCUGAAAAGGAGAGUAAAAAGAAAGCAGACAAAAACGUAAACCAAAUAAAUGUUAUAUACAAAGGAAAUAAAACUGGCCAAGUGCGAGUUAGUUUUACUCGCGCACCGAGGGUUCCGUACAAAAUUUGAAUUAUCUCGUGUAACUAUAAAGGCGAAACGUUUGGUCAGAAGUACCUAUACUAAGUAUUAUUGUGUUCAGCGCCAUCUAUCGGCAAAUUGUCUAACUAAUUUGCGCGAUGUAAUUUUUAUUUAUUUGGGAAACAUAUAGCACAUAAUAAUACAAUAAGGUACAAGAUACAGUUAGAAUAUAAGCCAAAACAGUUUCCACUGUGUGUCAUGUUGGUUUUUCGAGGAUAUUUCCCUAUCAUGUGAACCGAUUUCAAAAAUGUGUACUACGAGGAAGUAUUUGACAGUAUUCGAGAACUCUAGGUUAAGUACUUUAUAUUUACACAUAUCGUAAGUUAUACAUGUAAAUACAUUAUUUUAUAUUAUAACAGUUACACAGUCAUAACUUACCAUCUGAUAAUUUUACUACCUACCUCUAUAUUUUGAAACUGAAUCUUUGCUCAGCUAGGAUAUAAAAAUAUAUAAUUUGUUAACCAUCCAUACCUCUAUACCAAAAUGUAAUAAUAUAAUAAUCAUGCAAGUUUAUUAUAGAAUAUUUAGCUUUUUUUUAUGUCAUAGUAAAUUUACGAUAGUUCUGGUACUGUAGCGUUUAUUUCAAUUCAUUUAUAAUUUAUUCACAAGAACAUAAUUAUGGUACAUUCCAAUGUUACAAUAAAGAUACUGAACCUUAAUACGUUACGCAUACGUUACGUACGCUACGCAUACGUUACGUACGUUACGCAUACGUUACGUACGUUACGCAUACGAUACUUACGUAUGCAUUAAUAAAUAGUUAGUUAAGUACUUGUUAUGCCUGUAUAA